AUGAUCUGGGCGAGUUGCGGGCCAUCUUUGGCCGGCAGAAUCUGCGUCGUCAGGGUCAACGACGGUCAAGCAACAGAGGGAAGCUUGAAGAUGACAAGACAAGUAUUGCCAAGACGAAGCUCACCCUGUCGUUCAGCACGCGCGGCCAUUGCGCUGAGAGGAUGGAAUAAGAUGUAUGAGAUGCAAAAGCUCCUACAGAUUCUUACCAAGCCAUGCCAGCAGUGGAAUCAGUGGCAGCGGCAUCGGCGGCAGCAUGACACGAUGACGUGGCAAGAGCAUGACUUGAUGGUGACGGAGAUCUCGUUGUCACUCGGUGAUGAGUUUGAUGCCUUGCCUCGCUGCUCUCUGCAGUCUGUCCCGACUCGAAACUUGGCUUGUGACGACAGUGGCUUAGAUUGA